UUAUUUGAUUAUAUAGACGCUUCGCCUCUGCAUGCAGACACACUCAUCAAAACAGAUUACUCUUUCAAAUUCAAUGAACAUACACUUUUAGGGCCUCUUGAUCGUUGAACAGUCCUCUUCUAGACGACGCUAUUUUGCUUUGCUCACAAAAUCACGUGACGGCACUCUCUCAUCCCAUUGGCUCAAAUGGAGAUACGACGAAACAAAAUGUGUCGAAAUUAAUGCUUAUGGAGUUUCGACAGUUGUACUCUCUUCUUUUUUAAUCUGAUUUGGACAUGCGACAAGUGGGUUCUGGAUAUCUCAACAAAUACUGUACUUAAAGUCUUCAUACUUAUUGGAGACACAGUGCCUAGGAAAUUGAGUGCAUCAGUGGUUUUAUCUCAAAUUUCAUGAAAAGUGGACAUACGACACUUGUACUCUGAGCCGACGAUGUAUAAUCGUAAAGCUUGUUCAGUUGUCUUGCUUUCUAUGAAACAUCUAUUAACCUGUAUUGAAAAGAAAUCGAGAUCUUUCAGAUUAGAGAAGGUGGGGUUUCGGAGGUAAAAUUAUAGAGAACAUGGCUGUCACAGUUUGGUGACUUUCAAAGCUUGAUAGCCCUUGGAAACUGUAAAUUUACCUUUUCUAAGCCUUUAAUCAACGUUUGUAGUAAAGGCCACACAGAAAAGCGUAUGUCAAUUGACAUGAAAAGUGUUGAGCCGAAACAAAAACAAAAAUUCAAUCAGAUUUGCCAAAUGGGAAGAUGACUGCUGUUUUCUUUUAUUUCAUUAACUUGGCGAGCUCCUGAUUUCACAACUAUGCCCCAUCUUCACAGCAGGGAAGUGGUGAAAAUGUUUUCAACUUGAGCAAUUAGUUUCUCGCCGUCACGGGAGCUUCAACGCGAAGCAUAAUUCCGCUUUCUGUUUUGGUUUUGCUAUCAACCAGGAUUUAAAUUUAGCUAUAAGAAAUUCCAUGUACACCAUAGCUUACUCAGUUCUAAAAACGCUUCCAGUCCAUUCGCCACCAUUCCUUGCCCGACUGCGAACUAACCGCGCGUCCCUUCUGGAGACAAAGAACCAGUAGAUCACCAACAUGGCGCUCCCCCAGAGUUCCGUAGGGUCAUCAUCUGUAUUGUUCGCCUUCCUUAUCGUCAGUGGCUUCUUGAACCCAGCAAACUCUGAGUACUGCCCUAAUCCGACCAACGAAUACAAGAGCACCAUCAUCCCGUUUACAGUACCUGUCGCCCUCUCAACGUCUUCGUCGUUCACGUGGUGGGCCAGGAGUUACAAUAAGGAUCUUGUGACGUGUUAUACAGAUAACGAGACUUGCACAAAAACUACUGACUUUGAGAACAUCAUCACCGGCAGUUUCAGUACAUCUCCCUCGUCCAAAAGACUACAGCUAGACGUCUCUGAAGUGAACAGAGUAUAUCCUUUUGAUAUGGAGACAGAAUGGCGGUUAUUUGACGCCAGUAGACAGACAAUCUACAGCUGUUAUCUUAUCGUUUAUAAAAAACCUUCGGAUGUGUAUUGUAACAAGCCACUUUUCUCGAUAGACAACUCCUCCCUCUCAUUGACGUGUCAUACGGUCGGAGUGUACCCACAAGGUCUGUGUCAGUUCUACCGGAGAUCAUCGCCCGAGGGAGCAGAAAAUCCCCUUGACAACACCCGAGUGCAGUACUCUCAUGAUAUCUACAAUCCUUCCCCUGGGGAGCGCUACAGUACGACAUGUACCCAGACUGUCCCUCUAUCUAGUCUCGAGGCCGGUGCUAUCACAUUUACAGUCAACAUGUAUCCAGGGUUUACAGGAAGUAACACGAGUUACGGUGAAAGACUUUCCCCUCCUGUAGGCAUCAGAUUGGCGUACCCAAAUGUGACUAUAACGUCCUGCCCUGUGGUCAUAGAUAUGGCAGACAACUUCAAGAGUGACUACAUCAGAGAGGGAGCGUGGUUCACAUGUCAGUGUAAUCUCGAACAUCCUGGUAACCCUACAGGGACAAUCGUCUGGUUAAACAGUACUGGACACACCGUGUCUACAGAAAAUAUGUUGCCCAUGGCCUCUGAUCACGUGAUAAGUCACCCAGUCUUCACCAUCAACGGAAAAAUGAGAGAUGACAAAAUCGUCCCCGGAGACAACGUUACCGUCACUUGCAGCGACACUGGGGUGAUUGGUGAACACAUUGACUUGUUGUGCAUUAACAACAGAGUCAGUAUAAACCAAGAUGACGAGGAUAAGAUUGAGUUUUUGUCUGUCAGGACAGCUGAUAAUGGCACGGUUUGUGUCUGUAAGUGGACGUCAACACUGGGUUGUCUACUUCAGGGGACUAAAUCUUUAACAGUAACAAGUGACGACAGAGAUUCUGAAUUAACUUUUGCUGCCCUGGGCGUGCUUUGUCGUGUUCUGGCGGUGGCUGUGAUCAUCGCUGUCUUGGUCAUCAGACGUCGAAGAAAUGGAUACACAAGAAUGGACGUUCCGGCGGCAAAGGAGAAAACAAGAACCACACACCAGUACGUGAACGUCAACACAGACAAGGCCUACUUAGACAGAUCGUCUGCGGGGCAAGUCAUGAGAGCCAACGUCAAUCUCCUGUUGUUAAACUCUUCAAAUACUUGUCAACUUGUGACCAGCCGCUCAUAUGACCUUAUGCAGUUGCGAGUGUCGUAAAAAAAGAGCGUUGUGCUACAGCAUCGAAUCAGACAAAAAUUUUAUUUUAUUCGAAACAGUUUCAUUUGCCGUCAGUUUAAUGGUUUAUUUUUAUAAAUGUGUGUACCUCUGAUUCACAAAGUGUGAUAUUUCUGGUUAAAACUUUAGUGUCAUGUAUUUGCAGUAGCCCUUUUUACAUGUGAAGAGGCAGUAUUUUUUGGGACAGGAUUUGCAGAAAUUAUAAAUCGGUGAUUUCUUUCUUUUCUAGUUUUGCCUCCAGAUCUCCCAGCCUACACAUUUUGUUGUUUUUCUUUAACCUUUCCCUUUCUCGGAGAUGGUGUGCACCUCUUCUUUAGCUCAGUCUAGGACUGUCUGUACAUGAUUUAGACCUUCAACGAAUACCCAUUGUUAGGGUGAGGGUUGCACAUUGCCAGAUGAACAUCACUGCGAAACACCCCACAAAAAUAAUUUGAUGUUGUGACGGUUCUACACAGAUUAUUAUUUUUGUGAUGUGAAAUGGCUGCGUUCUUCAACAAAGAUUUUAUGGAUAUUAUCUGCCAAUGUAUCUGCUGCGCCCGAGUCUGGUUUCACCUACAUGGCGGAAAAUGCUAAGUGUCAUCAUGUAAGGCAAAUCAAUUCGAACCAUGCCAGGCAGUAUGUUUGUAAGUUCUAGUUAGGCCCAGUUUUUGGAUUUUUUUAAACCCCCGAUCAGACACUUAACAGUGGGUACUCGAAUGAAAUUUAAACAGAAUAAGGUGCUAGUCAUACUGUUGAAAACAAGCAACUUCCAAUUGCAGUUUUGACAAUAUAGUAAUAUAAAGCAAGCAUAAUUCAGGUCUUUCCAGGUCGCUCACACGCAUGACAAUUGUGCAGCGUCACAUGUGUGAACUGAAAACAUUCCGAUUUCCCUGAAAAAGAAAAAAAAAUACACAUGAAAAAACACCCAAGCUAUCUGUAGUUAUGCCAUCCAUGAUGACUGCAGGCACUUCUGACAAUUUUUAAAUCGAUCAACUUCUUGUGCAAGUUGUAUCUGUUGUCUUUUGAAUCUGAAAGCUAAAGAGAAUAAUUAUGUUUGUGUAUGUUUUUGUUUUUAUUUUGAACUGCACUGAUAAACAACAAAUAUUAUCUAUUUGAAAAGAGUGGGUUUUUUAAAAAUACAAUGCUAUAUUGUGAUCUCAUGUUGUGUAUCUUUGAGCAUAAAACGCAUUUGCAAAUUAUUCUUGUCCAAGCGAGCUUUUUAGGGACAAAUCCUAGGGUGUUAUUUCUUGCGUCCGCAGAGCAAUUUUACUAUUUAUAUGUUUCUUAUGUCAUGUUUGCUCAGGAAAUAGAUGGUGUUCUCUGGCAGAUUGUUGUAAACUUUACAUCAAAGUUCAUUAAGUCAAUUGCGUUAUUUGUGAAAAGGAAACUUGAAACUUCGAUUUGUCUCAUCCAGUCUUCAAUACAGUAAUGGGUUGACUCUA